AUGGGCGGCGAUGAGUUGAAAAAGGAAAAGUCACUUCUGUUUUUGUGGAUGGAAGUAAUAGGGGACAAUAUGGUGCCGUUUUUCUGGAUAAUAUCUCCUAAACUCCACGCUGAAGUAACGAACAUGAGGAAGAGAGAAGAAAGGGAAACCUCAAUUCCACCGAAAAAUUUAGCUAAAGUUGUCAGAGAUGAAGGAAACGCCGGUGCAACGAUCGGUAGAUAUUGCAGCAUAGUCAGGGAGCAAAAGCCUGGGGGAUCAAGGCCUUCAGUGGAUGAGAUCACUACUGGCUCCCCAGUUUCUCUUUGUUCAAUCACUUUCAGCGCUCCUAAAGAUUGUUGGAAGAUUGAUGUGCACACUGUUACACAGUCUUCUCCUUCUGCCGGAAUCUCCUUUAUAUACAAUUCUUCACACGGGAAUGAAAUCUCACGUAUCUCAGGGGCUGAAUCAGAUAAUGGACAUUCAAAAUCAUCAUGCAAUGAGCCAGGAACGUCUAAAGUCCUGAAAGAUGUACAUAUAUCAGCACAGUUGAUGGAGGACUUUCUUGAACUUUCUAGAGACAACACUAACAAGGAUCUAGAGACCUGUGGGGUUCUUGGUGCUUUUCUUAAAGAAGGGAUCUUUUAUGUUACCACUCUGAUCAUUCCCAAACAGGAAUCAACUUCAAAUUCCUGUCAAGCUCUGAACGAGGAGGAGAUUUUUGCCAUACAAAAUGAACAGUCGUUGUUUCCUGUAGGAUGGAUCCAUGUACAAAAUCUUGUUUCCCUCAUUUUUUUCCUCUGUUCAUAUAUCUCUGGAACAAGCAGGUUUAACUAUACCCUUAAACUUGAAAAUAGGGGGGAAGAAAGCUGAAUUUGUUAAAAGCUUGCUCAGAUCUUACUCUUUGUUUGUUCACAAUGCUGUUACUUUGCAAGUUGUCCACUCUAUCUGCAUUUUUUUCUGUUGAGUUACUCUCAAAAUUUCUCGCAUAUUUCCUUCUUCAUCAUCAUCAGGAGAACAAAUUAGCACUAAUAUACAGAUUGAUGAACUCCAUUAGUGAACACUCGAUAACUCAUAAAAAGCAGAAAUACUUGAGCAUUUUUGGAGCUUUAGCUCUGAUCCACAUCUAAUCGGUUAACACUUUCACUGCUCAUCAAUGGACUAAUUUUGAAUUUUUAGGAAUCCGUGUUUGUGAUAGAGAUUUGUAGUUACCGAAAAAGGCCAGUUGUCUUGUAUUUGUGAAACUGCCUCCUAGGCUUAAACUUGAAAGGGAUGUGCAUAAUUCUUAUCAAAGAAAGGAAUCAGCAUAAUUCAAGCACAAUGAGCUUCUAUGUCGCUUGUUCAUUUAAUUCUCAGCAUGAAUCUUGAUAGAAAUUUUGAUUUAAUUAGUUUUCAGAUGAAUUAGAUGAUCCACGUUUUAAACAUACCUGAUAUUGUCAUGUAUGAAUCAGUCAUUUGUUUCUGUGAAGACGUGUGAUUGUAAAUAGAACUUUUAACCAACCCAAGAUCAAGGUUCAGGGCUUAGCGCACACAUUCGUGCAUGCACUCACAGACGCAAGCAUACAAAAAGUGGUUAGCCUUCGAAUUGUGGACUCUUCAGGAUGAUUACUCUAGAAUAAUGUAUCUUGUCUCUUAUAGUCCUCGAUCCAUUCAAUGAGAUGCAUCCAUACUACUGUAGCUGUAGGCCCAGUUAGAAGUUAUUGGUUUUUAUCUUGGAUUGCAAAAUUGUUUUUAUUAUAUUUUGUUGUCUUCUUGCUUGCUUUACUGCACUAUCAGUUUUUCUCUUCUUUACAUUAUAUAUGUUUGUCAUAUAGGUUGUUUGAAAAUUAAAUGUUCUUGAUGUAGCUAAAACCUAAUUUUUGUUUAUGUUUUCAGACACAUCCUUCUCAGAGUUGUUUUAUGUCAUCAAUUGAUGUGCACACUCAAUAUUCCUAUCAGAUGAUGGUACCUGAGGCUGUUGCCAUCGUCAUGGCUCCAACUGAUAAAUCAAGGAAGCAUGGAAUAUUCAGGCUAUCUGACCCUGUUGGAAUGAAUAUCCUAAAGGAAUGCCAGGAGAGGGGAUUUCAUACUCAUGAAGAAACAGUUGACGGGAGCUCCAUAUACGAGCAAUGUUCCAAUGUCUACGUUAAUCCGUAUGUGAGAUUAGAAAUAUGUGACUUACGUUGAUGUAAUAUAAGCAUGCAUAUAUUAUGUUCUUAUAGAAUGCAUGCUUAAGAAGAUAUCACCCGCCCCUCUCUCUUUUCUCUCCUCCCUCCUAACUCUCUGCAACCAGCAACCACCGAUGGCGCCACCGAGCGACGACAACUUUCUCUCUUCCUCUUCCUCAUCAACCUUCGUCAACCACAUCUCUCAGCCCCUCCUGCUACUCUCCACUGCCAGCUACUGCUAGGUAUUUGUCUCUCCCUCUGUCUGCCCUCUUGCUUCCCUCUCUUUCACUAUAUCCAUCGUUUGAUGAAAGGUUAUUUGGGUAAGCCUGUGAUUAUUGAUGAGAAAACAGGAACAAAUAAUUGAUUCUUACAAAUUGCUAUUGCACUAUGUAGGAUAAUUUGAUUGAAUAGAAAUCAUC